AACAAUACAUGGCAACAUCUAGAAUUGAUGAUCGUAGUACCGCCUUGGCGAUAAUUAAACAGUUUGUGCUUGAAGAAGGACAAAAUUUUCACAAUUGGAUAGGGAAGGACAUCACCUAUCAGGUAGACUUGCCUGCGCCUCUUAAAAAGAAAACAAAAUUCCUCGAAAGCAUUACUGAAACAGUUGAUGCCAGAAUGGCAGACAUGGUUGGCGACAUGUCAGAACAGGAAUUAUUCAACAUGACGGCACGAAAAAGGUUAAUGUUGGUAAGAGAUUAUUGUAGAUUAGAUGAACAACCACAAGUGGAUCAACUUAUUAGGCAGUUUAGUGAUAAUUAUGAAAAUCCACCACCGAUGAU